AUGGCGCCCGACGGCCCCUUCACGCCGGUGGUACUCGCCGGCAAGGUCGUGCUAGGCGAGAAGCUGCUCAACAAAGUGCGCGGCAAGCUCAUCACGUACCACGCGCAGGCGAUCACCGAGUUUUGCGAAACCUACGGCGUGGCGCGCGAGAUGCGCGGGGCCCUCGUCAAGAAGGCCAAGAUUGUUGGUGGCGACCUCGGCUUCUUGUCUUGA